UCUUAACGUGGUGUGUACGUUACAGGUGAUGCAACAAGACGUAAAGAAAGAAAACCCGCUUCAGUUCAAGUUCCGCGCCAAAUUCUACCCGGAGGACGUCGCCGACGAACUCAUCCAGGAGAUCACACUCAAACUGUUCUACCUUCAGGUGAAGAAUGCAAUACUAUCCGACGAGAUAUACUGCCCGCCGGAGACGUCGGUGUUGCUGGCGUCGUACGCGGUGCAGGCGCGGCAUGGCGACCACAACCCCGCCGUGCACGGACAGACCUUCCUCGCCAACGACCGUCUGCUGCCGCAGCGAGUUACUGACCAGCAUAAGAUGUCUCGUGAGGAGUGGGAGCAGAGCAUCACGAACUGGUGGCAGGAGCACCGCGGGAUGCUGCGCGAGGACGCCAUGAUGGAGUACCUGAAGAUCGCGCAGGUCGAGAUGUACGGCGUCAACUACUUCGAGAUCCGCAACAAGAAAAACACGGAACUGUGGCUCGGCGUUGACGCGCUCGGACUCAACAUAUACGAGAAGGACGAUAAGCUGACUCCAAAAAUCGGUUUCCCAUGGUCAGAAAUCCGCAACAUAUCGUUCAACGACCGCAAAUUCAUAAUCAAACCGAUCGACAAGAAGGCCCCGGACUUCGUGUUCUUCGCGCCGCGCGUGCGCGUGAACAAGCGCAUCCUGGCGCUGUGCAUGGGCAACCACGAGCUGUACAUGCGCCGCCGCAAGCCCGACACCAUCGACGUGCAGCAGAUGAAGGCGCAGGCGCGCGAGGAGAAGCUGGCCAAGCAGGCGCAGAGGGAGAAACUGCAACUGGAGAUCGCGGCUCGUGAACGCGCAGAAAAGAAACAGCAAGAAUACGAGGACCGACUGAGACAGAUGCAGGAGGAGAUGGAGCGCUCGCAAGCGAACCUGCUGGAGGCGCAGGACAUGAUCCGCCGCCUGGAGGAGCAGCUGCGGCAGCUGCAGGCCGCCAAGGAGGAGCUGGAGCAGCGCCAGAACGAGCUGCAGGCCAUGAUGCAGCGUCUCGAGGAGACCAAGAACAUGGAAGCGGCCGAGCGCCAGAAGCUGGAAGACGAGAUCCGCAUGAAGCAGGAGGAGGUGUCGCGCAUCCAGCAGGAGGUCGAGAUCAAGGACACCGAGACCCGGCGCCUGCAGGAGGAGGUCGAGGAGGCCCGCCGCAAGCAGGUGCGCAUGCAUGGACUUUCAUUCAAUUUGUUAAAAACGAAACCUUUAUUACAUUGAUUAGUUUUUUGUGGU